AUGGCCUUGUACGAGUCUGCUUUCACACUGCAGAAGCAGUGGCUAGACUUAGUGCUAGCAGGGAAGAAAUGCUAUGAGCUUCGCACGCAACCUUGUCGUCGCUUGGGCCAUGACAUUGCUCUACUCCAAAGUGGCAGCAAUGUGGUCCAAGGUGCUGUCAGGCUCACCGGGUGCAAGUGGCUCACGAAGGCGAAGUUGGUUGCCUGUCAGGACAUGCACCUGGUGCCAGAGCAUCAGCUUGCAAUGUUCUUGGCUGAGAAGUCUGGCACGGCAGGCUGUUACGCGUGGGAGUUCCAGUCCCCGCGGCAGCUUUGGGAACACGGCAUAGAGGUGCAACGGAAGGAUGGCAGUGUGAACUGGGUCAAGAUGCAGCCUGAUGUCCACGCCUCUGUCUGCAGAGUGCUUUACCCAACGCCUGGGCAUGACCGCAACUUUGAACUUGAAGAUGUCUAUGACCCUUCUUCGGUUGACCCUGUGUCUGGGCACCUUCUAGUACCAGAAGCUGGCUUCAACCGCUUGUUGAAGCAUCUUUGCGAGAUGGGAGAGCAGGUCAAGGACUUACAGAACAGAGUUGCGGUCUUGGAAGCGCCCAAACGUGCUUUCUGCAUUGACCAGUCCAAGAACCGAAACCCUACCGGUAGCAAAGAGCCCUUGUUUCAGCAAUGCCAAGGCUGUGGGGUCCCUCGAUCCCGUCGGUCAGCCUGGUACCAGUGCAAGCAGGGAAAGAUUACAGGCCGUUUCUGUAAGAAGUGCAAAAAGAAGAAAGCCCUUGAAAACAAGACUCGACAGAAAGCCCAUAACAAGGGUCCUCAAAAGAUCCGCGUGGCUGAAAAUGUCGAUUGA